GUGUCGGAGCAGCGCGCGCGGUUUGGCCGUAAUGAGCUGGACGCGGAGGAGAAGAAGUCCCUCUGCCAGCUGAUCUACGCGCAGUUCGAGGACCUGCUCGUUCGCAUCCUGCUGGCUUCCGCUGGGGUGUCCUUCGGCCUGGCGUACUUCGACGAGAAGAGCCAGGAGGAAGGCUGGACCGCCUACGUGGAGCCGCUGGUGAUCCUGCUGAUCCUCAUCGCCAACGCCUUCGUCGGGGUCUGGCAGGAGUCGAACGCCGAGCAGGCGCUCGAGGCCCUCAAGAGGCUCCAGUCUGAUGCGGCGAUGGUGAUGCGGGACGGCAAGUGGCAGCGGGUGGAGGCGGCAGACAUCGUGCCGGGUGACAUCGUGGAAGUCAAGGUCGGGGACAAGAUCCCGGCCGACAUGCGCCUGGUGCGUCUGAAAACCACCACGCUGCGCAUCGAGCAGUCUCAGCUCACCGGGGAGUCCCAGAGCGUCUCCAAGGAUGUGGAGCCGAUCACGGACAGCGAGUGUGUCAUACAGUCCAAGACCAACAUGCUCUUCGCCUCCACCACCGUGGCCAACGGGGCCUGCCUAGGGGUUGUCGUGAGCACUGGCAUGUCGACAGAGAUUGGCAACAUCCAGUUGGCAGUCAAGGAUGCAGCGACCGAUGUGGAGCAAACGCCUCUGCAGAAGAAGCUGGAUGAGUUCGGCGAGCUGUUGGCCAAGGUUAUUUUUUGUCGGCGGAUUUGUGCUCUGGUUUGGAUUAUCAACUACAAGCAUUUUUUCGAUCCCAUACACGGCAGCUUCCUCAGAGGUUGCGUUUAUUAUCAGCAACGCUUCCGCGACAACAAGCUCGCUUGA